ACAGAUAACACCACCCGCGUCCGCAAUUCAACUUGUCAGAGCAAGUCAAGGCAGGACGACCGCAAGGCAUGGCAUUGGUGGUCUACAUUCUAGUGAUUUUGGGGACGUUCUCAUCAGUUUUAUCAACCUUUGGAGAAGAAUGUGAGCCAUACUAUAAAAAUGGCCAGUAUCAGUGGAAAAAAACUUGCUUCUUUAGUGAGCACUGCUGUGGUAACUGUACCAACCGAUUCUGCUGUUCCAGCCACUUCAUGCAGUUUACUAAAGAUGAACAAAAGAGGUGCAAAACUACAGAGUUUGAUGAACAUUCAAUCCUUAACAGGAAUAUGGUGAUGUUUGGUGUCCUCAUGUCAGCCGUCGUCCUCAGCUUACUGCUCAUCUUGUGCUGCGUGUGCCCCUGCUGCUGCCUGUAUAAAAAGUACCACAAGCCCCAACCGGUGGUGGCCGCCACGAAUCCCAUGACAUUGGUCACCACCACCCAGUACCCGCAGAGCCCCAUCUCUACUCAGCAGCACCCAGGCUACUACCCUAGCAACAAGCAGCACCCAGGCCACUACUCUUUCAACCAGCAGCACCUAGGCUACCAAACCCCUGCACCAUAUGGAGGUCAGCCAAUGCCCAGUGCCACACAGCAAGGACCAGUCAACACUGAGGCCCCUCCUGCCUAUUGGGAUGAUGAUGGGCCAGGUGAAUACCCCAUCAACUAUGGCGUUGCCGCCUUCACACCGGGACAGUAGUCCUACCACCCAGCGCAACCCCCACUGCAAGCUUGGUACCAGAACCAGCCCUCUGCAGACUUCAACGCCCGACCUGCCGACACCACACCUGCAUACGUUGCCGGUUUCUGUCUAGAUCUAGUUUUGUAGACCUUCUCUCCAGACACGUAGAUUCAAAAAUAAGAACAGAAAUGGUAAUCCUUUAUAAUGCUGGUCUCAGAGACUGGUUAGACUGUUUUGUAGCUGGGAAGCUUUUAAAAAGCUCUCCACACAUUCUUUUUGUAUGUGUGUAAAUGAUUUGUUUUCUUCUUUUCUUCAAACAUUAUGUUAUUAUUACCAAUGUGACAGGCCAGCCCUCUGGUUAGUGCCUUUCGAAAUUAACACUUUAGAAUAUGAGACUACCUUUACAACGAAAGCCAUACUGAUCAGACAACUGUUUAUUUAGGGAGGGAGACAUCAAGCCGCUGCCUUCCAUUUCGAUCGGGACUGUAGACUGGUAUUGUAUGUUUCCAAUGCCAUUGAUUUUAUUUUUUUGACAUCUGAAGUGGGAGAAAUACUAUAUGGGCCCUGCCAUGGCCAUCUAAUAGGGCACUCACCUGCCAUGCGGCUGACCUGGGUUCGAUUCCCGGCCCGGGUCCUUCCCCGUCUCUCUCCCCAUUCGCUUCCUGUCUACCUCUCGUACUGUCCUGUCCAUAAUAAAGUCUAAAAAGACCAAAAAAUAUAGAUUUAAAAAAAAAAGAAAAGAAAAAAAUACACUGGAAUGGAAGACGUCCUGUGUUGGAUUAU